AUGGCCCCCACAACCUCCGCCCUAACCCUCUCCGUCCUCACCAGCCUGGGCGGAAUAAUCGGAUACGCCCGAACAGGCUCCAUCCCCUCCAUCGCCGCCGGCGUCUCCGUCGGCCUCGUCUAUCUUCUUUCCUUCCUCCGCCUGAACGCGGGCCAGCCCUACGGCGAGGAACUGGGUCUGCUGGCAUCGGCAGUGCUCGGCGGCAGCUCUGUGCCGCGGGUGAUCAAGACGGGUGGAAAGCCUGUGCCGGUGAUGUUGUCUGUGUUGGCUACAUACGGGCUUUUCGUGUUUGGGAUUGCGUUUCGGGAGAAGAGGGCUUGA